AUGCGUAGUAGUCUUCGAUCGCCUCCUCAGCGCGAGUGCAUCUCCAUCCACGUGGGCCAAGCGGGCGUGCAGAUCGGCAACGCCUGCUGGGAGCUGUACUGCCUGGAGCACGGCAUCCAGCCCGACGGGCAGAUGCCCAGCGACAAGACCAUCGGCGGGGGGGACGACUCCUUCAACACCUUCUUCAGCGAGACGGGGGCCGGCAAGCACGUGCCCCGCGCCGUCUUCGUGGACCUGGAGCCCACGGUGAUCGACGAGGCACGCGCAGGGACGUACCGGUGGCUUUUCCACCCCGAGCAGCUGAUCACGGGCAAGGAGGACGUGGCCAACAACUACGCCCAUGGGCACUGCGCCAUUGGGCCGGAGAUCACCGACCUGGUCCUCAACCGCAUCCACCAGCUGAUGCACAAUGUCUGGUUCACAGACGCCUCGUCAAAACGGGAGGGGAAAGUCUGGAAAUAUCGAGCGGUGGCCCUCCAAGGAGGGACCAGGGAACAGAUUAUCACCGAAGGGGAGGACAGGCAACCCCUGGAAGACGACCCCCUACAUUUGAGAGAGCGAAAGGGUUUGUGGGAGGCCUGGCAGGUGGAUGGCAACGGCCCGUUCCGCAAAUCAGAAGGGAAGUGCUAUGUAUUAGUGGGGGUCGAACUGGUAUCUGGCCUAGCACAGGCUACAGCCUGCGCUAAGGCAACAGGGGAGAAUGCCCUGAAAGAAUGGUUUGGGCCCUUCCCUAAACCGCAGUCGAUUCAGUCCGACAGUGGGACGCGCUUCACAGCCAAGACGGUCCAGGAAUGGGCGGCUCGGGAGGGGGUUUCAUGGGUAUUCCACACCCCAUACGACCCGCAAACAAAUGGGAUCGUGGAGAGAACAAACGGCUUGCUGAAGCGCUUCCUGAAAGCACACAAACCAGGGUGGGCUGAGCGGGUGGGAGAUGCAGUGACCAGCGUCAAUAGCCAUCGGGGAACAAACGGAUGCCCAAAGAUGCCGGCGUUUUGCCCACAAGCCCCGACGAUCGUGCCCACCUCACCUGGCCCUGGACGCUCCAACAACCCAUCCCGUUUCCCCGGAUGA